AUGGCGGUUCCUCGAGGCGCACAGAUCGCGGCACGACUGCUUACUCGGGGCUCUAAGCCGUUGAACUCCAAUACUUCCGCUUCCGCCACCCUCAAGAGCCCCGUGGGCGGCCCAAGAUGGCAGAUUAGAAACGCAGCUUCCUUACACACGCGAGCGUCUCACCGUGCGCAGGCAGUCCCCGCAGUGCGCGACGAAGAGAACUAUGAGCCUCCAGUCUCCUCAAACCCAGCCAUGUCCUUUCCCUGCUUGGACGCCCAGGAGCAAAAGACGGCGGCGCUGCAGACCCGGUCGCUUGCCUCGGGCCCCGAACCGUCCUACACCACGGGGAGCCACAUGGUCUUCCACAGCGACGAGCCCAUACUGCUCGACUGGGGCGGGAUCCUGCCCGAGUUUGACAUUGCACACGAGACUUGGGGCACGUUGAACGCAGACAAGAGCAACGCCAUAUUACUCCACACCGGACUAUCGGCCUCGAGUCACGCACACAGCACCGAAGCAAACCCCAAGCCCGGCUGGUGGGAGAAGUUCAUCGGCCCCGGCGCGCCGCUGGACACGGACAAAUUUUUUGUGAUUUGCACGAACGUGGUGGGCGGGUGCUACGGUUCCACGGGCCCCUCGUCGAAAGACCCCUCGGACGGCCAGAGAUACGCGACCCGAUUCCCCAUCCUGACCAUGGACGACAUGGUGCGCGCGCAGGCCCGACUCCUCGACGGCUUGGGGAUCACGAAACUGUACGCCAGCGUCGGCGCCAGCAUGGGCGGCAUGCAGAGCCUGGCGUUUGGCGUGCAUUUCCCGGACCGCGUGGGCAAGAUCGUCAGCAUCUCCGGCUGCGCGCGCAGCCACCCGUACAGCAUCGCGAUGCGCCACACGCAGCGGCAGGUGCUGAUGAUGGACCCGAACUGGAACCGCGGCUUCUACUACGACGGCGGCGGCAAUGGCAUCCCGCCGCACUCCGGGAUGAAGCUGGCGCGCGAAAUCGCCACCGUCACAUACCGCAGCGGUCCCGAGUGGGAGAACCGCUUUGGCCGGCAGAGGGCGGAUCCCAGCAAACCGCCGGCCCUGUGCCCUGAUUUCCUCAUCGAGACGUACCUCGACCACGCGGGCGAGAAGUUCUCGCUCGAAUACGACCCCAACUCGCUGCUGUAUGUGAGCAAGGCGAUGGAUCUGUUCGAUCUCGGCUUCGCGCACCAGGAGGCCACGCGGGCCCGGCGGCGCGAGAACCAGGCCAAGCUGUCCAGCGUGAGGCGUGGCGUGGCGGAACCCAAGAGCGACCCGUCGUGCAGUCUCACGUUGCCGAGCAAGAAGUACGAAGAACAGGUCUCCACCGCGCCGAUGGACGAGGCCGUCGCCGCGGGUCACAGUAGUGGACCGCCACAGGAUCUUGUCAAGGGCAUGGCAGUGCUGAAGGAUCAUCCUGUCCUGGUGAUGGGCGUGGCGAGUGACAUUCUCUUCCCGGCGUGGCAGCAACGGGAGAUUGCCGAGACGUUGCGAGCGACGGGCAAUCAAAAGGUCACGCAUUUUGAGCUGGGGGAAGAUAUCAGUCUGUUUGGACAUGAUACCUUCCUAUUGGACUUGAAGCAUAUUGGCGGAAACGUGGGCAGGUUUUUGCAGUAG